AUGGAGGGACCGCCGGGGGCUGCACACGAAGGGCAAUGCCGGCGCGUCGUCGCCGGUGGUGAGUCCGGCAUGAAGGGGUCGCCGGGGGCUGCACAUGAAGGACAACCCCGACGUGUCGUCGCCAGUGAUGAGUCCGGCGUGAAGGGGUCGCCGGGGGCUGCACGCGAAAGGCAAACCCGACGCGUCAUCGUCAGUGAUGAGUCCGGCGUGAAGGGGUCGCCGGGGGCUGCACAUGAAUGGCAACCCCGGCGCGUCGUCGUCGGUGGUGAGUCCGGCGUCAAGGGGUUGCCGGAGGCUGCACAUGAAUGGCAACCCCGGCGCGUCGUCGCCGGUGGUGAGUCCGGCAUGAAGAGGUCGCCGGGGGCUGCACAUGAAGGACAACCCCGACGUGUCGUCGCCAGUGAUGAGUCGGGCGUAAAGGGGUCGCCGGGGGCUGCACGCGAAAGGCAAACCCGGCGCGUCAUCGUCAGUGAUGAGUCCGGCAUGAAGGGGUCGCCGGGGGCUGCACACGAAUGGCAACCCCGGCGCGUCGUCGCCGGUGGUGAGUCCGGCGUCAAGGGGUCGCCAGGGGCUGCACACGAAUGA